CGCCUUCCACCUACCUCUUCAGAUAUUGGUGGUUUUGGUUUUUUUUUUUUUUCAGGAACACAUUUCUCCCCCCGAGUAACUCAACCCCAAAAACCAGUUUAAGCCCAAACAAAUCAUGUCAGCCGCUAAAAUGGACGUUGCACAGUCAACAGAGCAUAUGAUCGGAUCCUCCAGUAUGAAUCCAGUUCGUUUGGAUAGUAAAGACCAUUUUCUACAUCAGAACAGUACUUCUAUCGAAGAGGACGCCGGAGACAUUGUCGCUAAUAACCUGGCCAACCAAUUGGCUUCGCAGUUCGCCCGUUACGAAUUGACUCAACCUCCCCCUUAUUACAGCACCGAUAACUAUACUAUGCAAGCCACAAGCGAUGUCAUAGAUCGCUCGGCCCACCACGAUGUGGAAAAAGUCAUUGAAGUUGCUCCCAAUGGCCGGUACGCCCGGUUGAACACGCUUCUUGGAAAAGGUGCCUACAAGAUUGUAUAUAAAGGCAUAGAUCGAGAAGAAGGCUACGAAGUGGCAUGGAACAUCUUUUCUCAGCCAGCAACCACCGACUAUGGAGAAUUAAGCCAUGAGAUUGAAAUUUUAAAGUCAGUACGACACCCCAACAUCAUCGCCUUUCAUGACGCUUGGUCUACCAAUAACGAAUUUGUCUUCAUCACGGAACUGAUGACCUCUGGAACCCUUCGUGACUAUAUCCGCAAACUCUCACUCCCCAACAUUAAGGUCGUCAAGCGUUGGUCACGGCAGAUUCUCAAAGGUCUGGUUUACCUUCACGGCCAUGAGCCUCCUAUCAUCCACCGCGACAUCAAAUGCGACAACAUCUUCAUUAAUGGUGCUCAUGGAGAAGUUAAGAUUGGUGAUCUUGGUACCGCCCAGGAAAAUUCUCCCUUAAUCAGUUCUGCCAAACGAUAUACAGUGAUUGGAACUCCCGAAUUCAUGGCGCCGGAAAUGUAUGAAGAGAAAGGAUACAGUGAGAAGGUCGACAUCUAUGCUUUUGGCAUGUGUUUGUUGGAGAUGGUGACUGGAGAGUAUCCUUAUGGAGAAUGCAAGAAUGCUGCGCAGAUUUACAAGAAAGUCAUUCAGAAUAUCAAGCCGGAGUGUCUGUCAAAAGUCCAAGACGAGGAAGUGCUGGCUUUAAUAAAUAGCUGUCUUUCACCUGAGAAUGAAAGAAUGUCGGCUCAAGAAAUCUUGGAACACUCAUUCUUAGCUGUUGAACCAGAAGUUGUCCUUGUUGCUACGGACAGUACCAAGAAGCACCUGCACAUGUUGGUUGUUUUCAAGGGCAUGGAAAAGUUGUCGGUUAAAUUCGAGUUCAAUGCUGACACUGACACUGCGGAUGAAGUUGUUUCCGAAAUGAUCGAAGAACAAGUUUUGCCUCAACGGUAUCAACAAUUAAUCACUGGCGAAAUUAAUCGAAUCUUGCGUGAUAUGACCAAGGAUUCCGGUAGUCAGCAAAACGAUACGGCAAGACUGGUAUGGAGACGUGAAUAUGAUUACCAAUCUGAAUUGGAACAAACCCGACUGGAGACUUUGAAAGCCGAGGAGAGAGCCUUGGAAGCUCAAAAGCGGUGUGAGGAAUUAGAACUGCAAGCUAGCAUUGCUGAAGAGAAAUUUUCUGAUACGGUGCGCAAGAUGACGGCCGUCGAAGUAGAAGAACAAAUAGAAAGUCCUCAAGAUACCACCAGGUCUACUCACGCCGCCUUGAUGGAGCAUGUGCUUUCCAAAUAUGAAGAUGAUGAGGAUAUCCAAGGUCUUGUGCUGGAUGCGGCAGCCGCGACCAAUCGUGGAAGGGAUAAAGCCACAGAGUGGGUUCACAAACUUCAUGAUCAGGACAUUCUGACGGUCGGCGAUCUGCGCGGUCUUUAUGAUGAAGAUUGGGCCGGUUUAGGUUUGACGGUAUUUGCGUUGAGAGCUCUUAAGAACACUCUCAAAGGAAAGAGACCCUCUAUGCGUAGCAAUAGUAUAUCCGAUAUAGAUGGACCUGGGAGUGUGGAAGAUGUUCAAUCUGUUUAAUUCAUAAUUGCUAAAUAAAUGUGUUUUUUCUUUAUACUA